AUGACGACGACGGCAGUCACCGUGGCGCUCGCGCCCGCCGCCCCUCGCGUCGCGGCGACCCGUCGUCACCGCCAACCGGCGCCCAACAGGCGCGCGAGGGCCGGUGUCGUGGCGAAGGCUGUCGAGAUCGAGCCCGACGGAGUGCUCGACGACAUGCCCGAGGGCGCCCCGUCUCCCCCCGCGCCCGAGCCCAUCGCCGCCAGAACCGUAUCGAGGGCCCCGCUGGCGUGCCCCGUGUCCCUCCAGGCCCUCGACGACGCCGGAUACAGCCCACGCAACGGCCUCCGGUACGGCAAGACGGACGGCAUCUGGGACCUCACCAUCGGCGCCGCGACCAACGCCCGCUCGUCCGAGCCCGUCUCCCUCCAGGACCUCGCGCGCUCGUUCCUCCCUCCCGAGCUCCGCGGCCUCAUCCCCACGUCCUCCUACCUCGGAACCAGCACGUUCGAGACCCCGCAGGUUGCGUUCGCGUACGAACGCGGCUGGCGGGACUCGUUCGCCCGCGCGGGAUUCCCGGGGCCCGACGAGGAGUUCCGGCUCGCUCAGGCGAAGCUCCUGCCGUUCGCGGCGGGCAAGUGCGUGGUUGACGCGUCGUGCGGCAGCGGGUUGUUCACCCGGCGGUUCGUCAAGAGCGGGGACUACGGGUGCGUCGUGGCGCUGGACUUUAGCGACGCGAUGCUUCGGCAGGCGAGGACGUUUGCGACGGAGGAGGGGCUCGUGGACGGAAAAAAUGAAGCGACGUUAACGAACCAGGAGGAUCUCCUGUUCGUCCGCGCGGACAUCGCGAGGAUCCCGAUGACGAGCGACAGCGUCGGGGGCGUGCACGCGGGGGCCGCUAUUCACUGCUGGCCGCAGCCCAGGGAGGCUGUCGCGGAGAUUUGCAGGGUGUUGGAACCCGGCGGCUCGUUCUGCGGCACGACGUUCCUCACCCCGCAGCUUCCGUUCGCGGACGACGAGACGCAGCAGCGGGUGGACGCGGCGAUGCGGGAGCUGCAGGCGGCGGUGGUGGGCAGGGCGGGCGGCGCCAGGGGGUUCAGGCAGUGGAACAAGAAGGACCUCAGGGAUUUGUGCGUCGAGUGCGGGUUGGUGGAUUUCGAGUGCGACAUCCGCGGCGGGUUCAUCUUCUUCAGCGCGAGGAAGCCCGCGCCCGUCGCAUAA